UUGCUGCGCCACACCACACCACGCCAAGCCAAUUCGAUCUCGACCUGUUCAUCUCAAUUCUUCGCCUCCUCCCUGCCCCUGCUUUGCGGUGAGUUUCCACUCCCAAAGUCGAAAUUUUUGGCUGCGGUUUCGGAGGAAUCUAGUCAAUCGGCGUCGGCGGCGGUGUUCUUGGCGCCCUCAGACGUCGGGAUAGAUCUGAAUUGCUGUACUUUUCAAUAAGAAGGAAACACCUUAGGGAAUGCAGAAAGAUGUGCUUGCAUGCUAGAGAGCUACCUUGUGAGGGGAUUGGCAGGGUAGCAAGCCAUAUUUCUUCUUCGACAACUCUUGAUGACAUUGGAACACAAGAAUAUAUACAGCGCUUGCUCCAUGUGCUUUCGCACUAUGGGGUUCGACGUGGCAACUCAACCAUCUUCUUAGAUCACCAUCUUGGUGGAGACGGUUGAAGUCACCUAACAUUUGUUAGGCUUCCUUGUUUCUCCGCUUUGAGCUUUGGGAUCACUGCUUUCUGUGGAACAAUGGCAGAGCAGAGAGGAACUACUCUGAUGAAGAAGUAUGAGAUGGGAAAAUUACUCGGGCAAGGGACCUUUGCCAAGGUUUACCAUGCACGAAACACUGAGACUUUAGAGAGUGUUGCAAUCAAGGUUAUUGACAAGGAAAAGGUUUUGAAAGGUGGGCUCAUGGAUCAGAUCAAACGAGAGAUUUCUGUGAUGAAGCUUGUGAGGCAUCCAAACAUUGUGCAGUUGUAUGAGGUUAUGGCUACCAAAACUAAGAUCUAUUUUGUGCUUGAGCAUGUCAAGGGUGGAGAGUUGUUCAACAAAGUUCAGAGAGGAAGACUGAAGGAAGAUGCAGCAAGGAAGUACUUCCAACAACUGAUCUGUGCUGUUGACUUUUGCCAUAGCAGGGGUGUCUACCACCGUGAUUUGAAGCCAGAAAAUCUUCUUCUUGAUGAGAACAGCAACCUGAAGGUUUCAGAUUUUGGCCUAAGUGCCCUUGCUGAUUGCAAGAGACAGGAUGGGCUGCUCCACACAACCUGUGGCACGCCUGCUUAUGUUGCUCCAGAAGUGAUCAACAGAAAAGGCUAUGAUGGUGCUAAGGCUGACAUAUGGUCUUGUGGGGUGAUCCUCUUUGUGCUAUUGGCUGGCUAUCUGCCUUUCCAUGAUAAGAACUUGAUGGAUAUGUAUAAGAAGAUUGGGAAAGCAGAAUUCAAAUGUCCAAGUUGGUUUACUACUGAUGUUAGAAGGCUCUUGCUCAGGAUUCUUGACCCUAAUCCAAGUACAAGGAUCUCGAUGGAAAAAAUCAUGGAAAAUCCUUGGUUUAGGAAAGGCCUAGAUGCAAAGCUGCUCAGAUAUAAUCAACAAGCAAAGGAUGCCAUUCCUAUUGCUGACAUGAACACAGAUUUUGACUCCUUAAGUAGCAGUCCAACGUUGGAGAAGAAGCCGUCCAACUUGAAUGCUUUUGAUAUAAUCUCUCUUUCAACUGGGCUUGAUCUCUCUGGUAUGUUUGAGGAAUCCAACCAGAAAGAGUCCAAAUUCACAUCCACCAGCACAGCUUCAACGAUCAUAUCGAAGAUUGAGGACAUUGCAAAGGGCUUGCGGUUAAAGCUCACUAAGAAAGAUGGUGGACUGUUGAAGAUGGAAGGCUCUAAGCCUGGAAGGAAAGGUGUUAUGGGCAUUGAUGCUGAGAUAUUCGAGGUUACCCCAAACUUUCAUCUUGUGGAGUUAAAGAAGACAAAUGGUGAUACGCUUGAAUACCGCAAGCUCUUAAACCAAGAGAUGAGACCAGCCUUGAAAGACAUAGUCUGGGCUUGGCAGGGCGAGCAACCGAAGCAGCAGCAGCAGCAGCAACCAUGAUUUUGCAAUUUGAGUUUAUUUCCAAUUUGAGUUUUGAGUUUAUUUCCUAUCGUUUAUGUACCUAUUUAGUUUUUGCCUGUCUUAGUAUUCAUUUUCAUAUCAUGUUAAUAUAGUAACUUCUUUCUGAUUUAUUUGAAACGAUGUUUGUUCGUA